CCAUGACUGCUCUGCCUCCCAACAUCAGUGUUCGAGGGACUACAGCCGUUCUGCUAUCAACUACAGACUCUCCAUUUAACCUGACUGCAGCUGCUCAAGCAGGACUCGGCUCAGGCCAGUCACUGGCCCCUCUCUGUACCCUCUGUUGCUGUGGAUUUAUCAAUCGAUCUUUGGCAGUGGUGUUCAUGGUCACCUUAGCAUUUGCUAUUGUGGUUGGAAAUGUGGUCACUCUUACUGUAUUUGUACAAACAAGGCAAUCCCGAACACCACAGGGAUACCUCAAAGUGUCUCUGGCCAUAGCAGACAUGAUGGUCGGUGUCCUCGUGGUACCUUUCUCUGUCUACACUGAGAUCUCUCUGAUGGUGACGAGUGCUCCCCCCAUUUGGUACCAGGGCAGUUCUACUGCUCCGGCUGUCUCCUCUUCUCUCGGGGGAUUUGUGAGCCCUUGGCAGCCCUGUAUGCUGAUUGGCCCAGUGUUUGCUGGAUGCACAUUUGUUUCCAUCAGCACCAUCUUCCUCAUGACACUGGAGCGAAGUGUGGCCAUCCUACGGCCACUCCACAAAGAUGCCUUGGUGACUCGGAGACGAACUCUGCUCCUCAUCCUGCUUUCCUGGGCAGCCAGCUUUCUGCUGGCUCUUGCACCCCUCAUUUUCAGCAGCAACUUCACUUUGGAGUAUAACGAGUGCAGUCGUAUGUGUAAUUAUACCCCACUAUUGUUUGGAAGCCAGUUGCCAUCUGAUGCCAACAUUUUGCUGUUAUUCCCUGCAUUUGACUUCACACUUCUUGGUGGCACAUUAGCAGUUAACAUUGUGUCUUUCACUAGCAUCCGACGGUACACCAGAAAACGCAAACUGCUCUCAGAGGGGAGUAUGACUGAUGGAGGAGGUGGAGGAGGAGGAGGUGGAGGGUGCCCUCACAGGCCUUCCUUUUCAGACAUCAAAGCUGCCAAGACAAUUGGCAUACUUACAUUUGCCUUCACAGCAUCCUUCUCUCCCAUCGCAGUGUUUGUGCUCGGGAACGUUGUGGGAUACACCUGGUGUAACUUUUCCUUUUUUGCCUUCUGGAUCCUGACAGGAAACAGUUGCUGUAAUGUAAUUAUCUACAGUGUCAGGGACCACCGCUUCAGGAAGGGUGUGACGCUGCUUUUUCAGCGAGACCAAUCCCCCCCACAUGGUGAGAAGUCCUGAGGGAUGUAUGAAUU